AAGGCUAUCAUACCUUUGAGGUCUUUGGUUGGAAUGCAUUAGAGGAAGAAGGUUGUCCAAACAUAACCUGUGAUUUAAUCUGAGCUCCUGGGAAAUUUUCUGUUAUCAGUGAAACUCCUGUGUAGCCGGUGACACAUCUAUACUGAUCUGCUCUCUGCUUACCUGAGGCUCGGACUGAAGCAUGCAACAACCAGGCCGGCUGAGGCUCAGGCCAUGGCUGGAGGAGCAGAUUCAGUCUGGGAGGUAUCCAGGAGUCAGCUGGCUGGACCAGUCAGCAAGAAUCUUCCAAAUUCCAUGGAAGCAUGCUGCUCGUCAUGGAUGGAGUAUUGACCGCGAUGCUACACUCUUCAGGAGUUGGGCCAUGCACACUGGGCGGUACCGCCCCGGAAAAGACAAACCAGACCCCAAGACAUGGAAGGCGAAUUUCCGCUGUGCCUUGAAUUCCCUGCCUGACAUCUGUGAGCUACAGGAGCACAGCAGGAAGAGAGGCAGCAAUGCCUACAGGGUCUACAGGAUGAUGCCCAGCACACAAACACACAGACGGAGGAGAGGGCUGCGGUUGUUCAGCAGGCCUCGAGAAAGACAGACAAAUUUGGGUGAUGAUACGUACACCAUGCACACUUGGCAACCCAGCACAACUAGACCCUUUUCAGACGCACUGCAGAAGGUGGAAACCCCUGCAGAAGACACAUUUGGCAACACUCACACACAUGGGAUGUGGGAGUCCAGAGCAGAGGACCAGGAGCAAAACGAGGCUGUCUUAAAGCUGAUGGACCACUUAAGCAACACUGACCUCUGGAAUCAGAGUGGGGAGCAGAGAGGAUGGAGAACGCACACACUGUGGGACCAGUGGCACUGUACGACACUGUCUGUGUGUGCUGGUGAUGAUAACCCGUACUCUCUGCACACAGACAUCUACAACGAUAUGCUUGGUCCAAACUACAGCAAGGAGUUCUCUGACUGGUCCACACAUCAGCAAACACUGAUACCAUAGCUGUGUAUCAACAGCUCACCCUAAUGCCCUGUGUUUCACACACACACACACACAUAUCUGUUUUCCCCUCACUAACUUUCUUGCUAAACUUCAGCUAUUUUCCUUCCUGAUGUCUGACUACUGAGCUGACCGCUGAAAACGAGAAACAAGAGAGGGGGAGCGGACAGAGAACAUUACUCCAUCCUCUCUGCUGAGCCUGCUGACAUGAAGAUCUUAUUCCAAGCCAAGCUGUACCUCUGUCAUCAUCACUUGAGUUCACUGUGGUUCACUGCCUCAGACUCAUUGAAAUGACACCAAGCUCACACCACAGCUUACAGAGUAAACAGAUCUCAUUUCGCUUGUUCUUUUUCCUUGAGUUUUGAACUGGCUGUUUAAAGCAACAUACAGUAAAUGAAGUGUAGUGUAGAAAUGUGGUUUUAACAGUUCCCUCCCUUAAUGUUUCCUUGUUUACCAUCACAUACAAUAAGCUGACUUACAGUCGCAAUACGCAUUUAUAUUUUGUCACAUAGGCUAUAUGUAGGACAUGUGUGACUUCUACACCUUUAUGCUUUGGUUUUGACAUUUUUUGAUGUCUGAAACAGAUGCAAAGCAUAAUGUAUAUUUAGGUCCAUAUAUAUAUUUGGACAAGUAUAAGUUUUUUGGCAUGUGGCUUCUGUACACCACACUCAAUUUGAAAUGAAACACUCAAGAGGUGAGCAAAGUGAAGACUUAGCUUUAAUUCAAGGGGUCUGACAACAGUGUAGUAUUGACCACUUAGGAGUUACAACCAUUUUUACACACCCACCCCCAUUUUUGGCAGCCCAUAAAUGAUGGAAUAAAUGGCUGACAAGCAGUUUCAUAUGGCCUGUUCCCUCAUGAGUCCAUGACAAAUGAAACAGAUGACCACAGAAUUCUGUCACUGGUGAAGGAAAAACAAUUUCACAACAUCUAGCCAAGUCAAGAACACUCUUGAGGAGCUUGGCUUGUCAUUGUCAAAGUCUACAGUCAAGAGAUGGCUUCAUGAAUGCAAAUACAGAGACUUCACAAAAAGGUGUAAACCAAUGGUGAUGCUCAAGAACAGAAAGGCCAGAAUAGACAUUGCCAGAAAACACCUAAAAAAGUCUGCCUAGUUCUGGUAUAAGAUUCUGUGGAUUGAUGAGACCAAAAUUAACUUCUCCUGGAAUGAUUGGAAGAGAAAAGUAUGGAGAAGGAAAGGAACAGCUCAUGAUCCGAAGCAGGAUGAAUUCUGAAGUGCUUAGGGCUAUACUCUCUGCUGAGUUCCUGCUACAUGAUGAAAAUUGAUAGGAUGCCGCAUCAUAUUGCAGAUAGAUAAUGACCCAAAACAUAUAUCAAAUGCAAUCCAAGACUUUCUCAAGGCAAAGAAAUGGAAUAUUCUUCACUGGCCAAGUCAGUCACCUGAUCUCAUACCAACAGAUCAUUGCUUUUCACUUACUGAAGACAAGGCUGAAGGCAGAAAGACUGACAAACAAGCAACGGCUGAAGGCAGAUGCAGUAAAGGCCUGGCAAAGCAUCUUAAAGGAAGAAACUCAGUAUUUGGUCAUGUCCAUGGGUUCCAGACUUCAGUCACUGACUGCAAAGGAUUUUCAUCCAAGCAUUUAAAACAAUCCUUAUACUUGCAAUGAUGUUAGCUUGUCCCAUCAUUUGUGAGCCACCAAAAAUGGAGGUGGGUGUAUUAAAAUGGCUGUAACUCCUAAAUGGUCAGCGCCACACUUUGUCAAAUUGAGUGUUUCUUUUCAAAUUCAGUGUGGUGGUGUACGGAGGCCAAACACCAAAAAACUUAUACUUCUGAGAUGAGUGACGUUGCAAAUUGUUUUGUGUGAUAUUGUACAACCUGUUUUGUAUUUUUAAAAUAAUCCUGCAUUUAUAAAAUGUAACAGAAACUAAAGCUCAUUAUCUCAUUCAGAGGUUUUACAACCUGUUUACAGAUAUUUGUUUGGCAUGUUUGAUUGACUGCUUAAAUUAUGAUGACUUAGAUCCAGUCAUUUUUGGGAUUUUCUGACUAAUUGCAUGUUAUCUACAUACUAUAUAAUACUUUGACUGAAGAAGAGCAGAUGAAUAAAUUAUAUUCACACAGUCAAUAUUGCAGUACGGUCAACGCUCCACUGAACUGGUGUGAUGAUAAAAAAGAAAUUGACCUGUAGGAUGCCAUCUUAUUUACUUUUAAAACUUACAUUUGUUGUUUUAAUAAAAAUAUUUUUGCCCACUGUAGCUGCAGUGUUCAGAGUUAUAAACCAAGAGAGAAGUAGUCUGAUAACGCUGAGCGCGUCACAAGUCAUGAAUCAGACAUGUCCUGUAAUACAGCCAUGAGUAACUCCAACUCACACUUCCAGGUUCAGUUAACAAUGAUGCAAUGUACUGAAAACUAAUCUUUUCAGUCUGACUACAAAAGCGCUGCUUUAAAAGACUGCUGACAGCUCAAAAUAUGGGUAAUGGGAAGCUAAUAUAACUGAGGGAAUUUGAUUUCAUUUGAAACUCUGUAGUGAAUGAAAGUGAGUACAGUAUAAUCUCUUUUAACAACAGCUGUAGGUCUUCUUUAUUGAUUUUCUCUCUUUGUCUAAUACUACAGAACUAUUAUAUUAUAUAAAUAUUUUUUGUCCAGUUAUUUGUGUUUGUACAUCAUAGGCCUU